AUGGUGGAAGCAAUACUGGUAGAUCUGUUCAGCUUACCAGCCAACUUGCAGAACAACAUCCAAGGAUUGCUAUGUAACACGCUGGAAAUGAUUGAGAAAUGCUCUUCCAUCCCUGCUCCGUUUGUUUAUGUCAUGUGUUGCCAGAGGCAGGGUAGUGAAAGGAACAGUGAACAGGAGUCCUUCCUUCCAGCUCUGAAUGAUUUUCAGAGUCUGAAGAAAAGACUGGAGGUGGUAUAUGCUCUGACUACAGCUGCUGUUUUGUACACAGUCAAACAAAGACUGGAUGAAAAAGACCUAAGCAUCAUUAAAGUUAUUCUCCCUCCCUUCAGAAAAGACGUAAUGAAAGUAUAUAUAGACCAUCUCUUUACAGCAGUCUACCAAUUUAAAUUUGAGGAUUUACAGGUGGCAUCUAAUUGCAAGAACCUACAGAAAGCUGAGCCUCGGAGUGAAGUGCAAACGCUUCCUACACAGGACAUGGCGCUCAUCCAGAGAGAGAUUCAGACGUACUUGGAAAGCCUGCCGAGCCUGAAAGGGCAGCUUACCAUUCUCAGGUCUUCCCUGAUCCCAGAUGAUAUCUUCCUUCAUGGGUUCACUACAAGAACAGGUGGGAUCUCUUACCUACCAACUCUAAGCUCCUGCAACCUCUUUAGCAGUUCCAAGCGGAGGGACCCACAAGUUGUUGUGAAAGAAAAUCUCCGCCGCCUGGCUAAUGUUGCAGGAUUUAACCCAGAGACUUUUCACAGAGUCAAGACUGAUCACGCUAAUGCUGUGUAUAUUGUGGGAAAGGCAGAGCCUGACAGCUAUGAUGGAAUAGUUGCAAAUCAGAAAGGUGUUACAGUAGCAGCUCCAGGUGCUGAUUGCAUACCCGUGCUGUUUGCUGAUCCUGUCCGAAAAGCCUGUGGUGCUGCUCAUUCUGGGUGGAAAGGCACAUUGUUAGGAGUUUCCAUGGCCACAGUCAGUGCUAUGGUAUCUGAAUAUGGCUGUGAGGUGAAAGACAUCCUUGUGGUGCUGGGCCCAUCUGUAGGACCUUGCUGUUAUAAACUUCCUCACGAAUCAGCAAAGGAGUUUCACAGAAUCGAUCCAAAGUGUGUGAGACUCUUUGACUCUGCGUGUCCUUAUGUUGAUAUUAGAAGAGCAACACGGAUUCUUCUUGAGAAUGGUGGGAUUCUUCCUGAGAACAUCCAAGAUGACUCUGUCACAGACCAGAACCAAAAUAUCACUUUCUGUACUGCAUGUCACCCUGAUAAGUUUUACUCUCACUUUCGUGACGGUGCUAACUUCGGGACACAGAUUGGCUUCAUAACAAUCAGAGACUACUAAGAUGGUAUCUCUUACUCUCAAGUAGCGUGUCAACAGCCAAGUCCACUGGCAUCGUGCUCUCCUCAAAGAAGUUCUUCCUCCUUCCUUUCACAGACUUGCCAUAGGGAAAUUCACUGGCCUUGAGAUUAUCUUGCUUCUUCUUUUCCCAGCCAUUCUGUGGCGAGAAUAAAUAUCUAGGGCAUGGGGCCAGUAAUUCUGGGGUGAAACAGACUGCAAAGGGAACAAGGACAACCUACACCAGCGGCAAAGGCGUUUUGCAAGACCAGCUGCAAGCUCGGGUUUUUAUGCACUUGGAACUGUUUUUUUGGUUUGUUUGUUUGCUUGCUUUUUUUAAGAGGAUCUCCAAAAACAAGCAAGCUCCUUUGGGGCAGACAUGGAAAAUUUAUGAACCCUCACCUUUCUGUAUUUUUUUGGUUGUAGAAAAAGUAGGACUAUCUCUUAAGAUGGUAUGAACAUGUACAUUUAUGUUUCCUUCAGGGUUUUUUUUCUUUAAACUACUGGUACUCUGCU